AUGGACAGGGCCCAGCGGCAGCAGGCACUGGCCCUCCUCCCCAUCUGCCUCGCCCUCGCCUUCUCCCUCACAGCCCUGGGCAGCAGCCACUGGUAUGAGGGGACCCGGAGGGUGGCCAAGACACUGUGCCAGGACCACACGGGAGGGCCGCACUGCAUUCAUUUCAGUGGCGACAGCAGAAUGGACAACGAGAGCCAGGCCGUCCAGUACAUUUGGGAGAUGGGGGACGACAAGUUCAUCCGACGCAGGUUCCAUGUGGGGCUCUGGCAGUCUUGCGAGGAGAGCCCUGGCAGCAGCGCAGGUGAAAGGUGCAGGAGUUUCCAGAGUAUAAUACCCACGGAAGAACAAGGUGUGUUGUGGCUGUCCAUUGGGGCCAAGGUCCUGAAUACCCUCCUGAUGUUGACGAGCGCCAUCCUUCUGGGCUCCAGAGUGAGUUACAGCAGCUGUGGGUCCCACUGGUUCCAGGUGGAUGCCGCUGUAGCUGUCCUCAUGGUGCUUGCAGGGCUGCUGGGCAUGGUGGCCUACGUAAUGUACACAACCAUUUUUCAAAUCACCGUGAGCCUUGGGCCAGAAGACUGGAGGCCUCAGACGUGGAACUAUGGCUGGUCAUACUGCCUCGCCUGGGGCUCUUUCGCCCUCUGCAUGGCCGUGUCAGUCAUGGCCAUGAGCAGAUACUCAGCAGCCCACCUGGAAUGUACAGAGGAGCAGAGGGUACAGAAAGGCAGUCGGCACUCUGAACACAAUGUCCCGGAACCUGAGGCUCUGGAAGUGGUUUGGGAAACAGAAGCUGCUCGAAGCCUUGUGGGGCAAGCGCUCGUGACUUUCUCUGAGCACCUGCCACCAGGUGCUCCAGUUAGGGUGUCCAUGUGCUAGCCAGUGCUGGUGACUGCCAGAUCUGCACAAGCAGACAAGCCAGGCUCUAAUGCCCUGGGGUGGGCUUCAGAAGGCUGAAUCCAGGUAAAGCUCCGACUCACUAUCUCAUCCUUCACUAAACCCCUUGGCUUCAGCCUCUCAGUCCAGUAUCUUUAAGUGAGAGAAUGCCUAUAUACCAUGUCAGUCAUUGACCCUCCAGUUUAAGUGAACAUCUCAAGCUUUCCUGAUAGUGAGUUUAGUGAGUGUAACAAAGAGAGGAAGCAUGUGCACACUAAGAGGAAGAGAAGCCACCCUGACCAUUGUGGCUCAGUUGGUUGGAUGUACUCCCACUAGGUG